AUGGCGUGUCCAAAUAUCCGUUCUGAACCCUUUAGUCGUACUCCAUCACCAGUGCACAUUCAAACAAACACUCCGGAUAAUGCUUGCAUACAACCCGCUGCGCUGGACCCGGCACAUAACGGACCCGCACGUCCUCCAUCGCCCAUGGCAGUCACAGCACCAGCAUUGCCCAUACACUCAACAACUGCUGUUGGAUUUGUAGCCAAUCACACUAGACCAUCCACCUCACAUUCCAACACGGAUGACUGCCCCAUUUGCCUGGACAGCUAUACCACUGAAGUCUGUCUCCAAAUUACAGGAAUCACAGGAUGCAACCACCGCAUUGGUGACAUGUGUUUGCAAAAAAUGCUCGAUCACCAUCCCGAAGACGAGAAGAAAUGCCCGUUGUGUCGCACGGUCUGGAUAUCCAGCUCUGCCCCCGAUAUCACUGCACACAAUCAAAGUCUUGCUAGGAUAAGAGCGAUGACAAACAUGCUCCUGGGUAUGGGCAGAGAUGCUUCCAGUUCACGCAAUCGAAUUCCACCCGAAUACAUGGCGCACCAUAUGACAGGCCACAAUCGAGAUGAGCUACGAACCGACAUACAUCCAUCAUCACUGUGGGAGCACCAAGAUCAAUCUAUCCUCAUUGACUCGUCAGAGGAAGCAGAAGAUGGAGACUCAGACUCAGAAGAAGCUGCUUAUGCACUCCAAGUCCGGAUCUACGAAGACCUAACGGCCGAUAUCGCUGAUAUACGGCGUCGAGCAAAUAACCAUGGAGCGGAUCGGACCAACCGAAACAGACGCCAAGAUCGAUUGCGGUACGGUCACGAGGAGAACCAGUCUGACGGUGGUGAGACCAACAGAGUAGAGCCUAGAAGAAGGAGAGGAGCCAUGUCCGCCAAUACACCAGGAGCGAACGCGCUCAACCGCUUCAUGAACGCACGCGCAUUGAAUGCUUUCCGAACCCCCGUGAACGGGACUGCACCCGAAGUCGCGACUAGGGGCGACCGCUUCACCGGCCAUGUUAUGCGGGGAAUAGCGCGUGCACGGGAUGAGCCCAGUGCUCGAGACGGGCAGCAUCGCGCCACGCCUGGCGAAGGUCAACAACAAAAUACCAUUUCAUCCGCCGUGACACCUGCUUCUCCGCAUCCACAGACUCGUGCUCGGCAUCCCGGCGCAGAUUUCGGAGUGAUUAGGUCCGACAGCGUUCUUCCACAACCUCAUACUCGUAUCUAUCAUUCAUUCCGUACUCCCGAAGCUCGCGCUCAGUACCUAGACGAACGAGAGCGGCUUCUAGAUAUCCGGUAUGCAAACUUGCUAAGGUGGCAGGAAGCGCUUCAAGAGCGCGAGACGAGGGCAGAGAACACGCUUGCACUAGUAACGAGACAAAGGCUUGAGUUGGAAGACUUGAUGCGAAGGCAACUAGAGGAAUUGGAUAGUAGUAGGUAG